AGGUGGCUAAUCUUCCAUCCAAUUGGUGCUAGUGGUAUUUUUGCAGGUUGGUAGAUCCCGGAUCCUAGAUAUAACUGUGGAAGAAAAUGGCGGCAAGGCUGGUUAGGUUGGGGUCUGCGGUGCAAAAUAACACCAGCCUGUUUAAAGGCCUGUGUAAAUGGCAGUCAACAGCUGCUGAAGCUUAUAAACAUAAGCUGAUAAAUGUUCCUCCAACCCUAGUGACUGUUUUGAAAAGUGGGCUGCGUGUGGCAUCUGAAGAUAGUGGUGCGGCAACUGCCACAGUAGGGAUUUGGAUUGAUGCUGGGUCAAGAUAUGAGGAUGAUAGGAAUAAUGGAGUUGCCCAUUUUCUGGAACAUAUGGCUUUCAAGGGUACGGCAAGUCGCUCGCAGACAGACUUGGAGCUGGAGAUCGAGAACAUGGGUGCCCAUUUGAAUGCAUAUACUUCAAGGGAGCAGACUGUAUAUUAUGCCAAGUGUUUGAGUGAGGAUGUGUCAAAGGCUGUGGACAUCCUUGCUGACAUUAUCCAGAAUUCAAAACUUGGUGAGGCAGAAAUUGACCGAGAGAGGGGUGUGAUUCUUCGUGAAAUGCAAGAGGUUGAAAGCAAUCUUCAGGAGGUUGUGUUUGAUCAUCUUCAUUCAAUAGCCUUUCAAGGAACUGCACUUGGACGUACUAUCUUGGGACCGUCCGAGGUCAUCAAACGCAUCACAAGGAAUGAUCUAGUGGACUAUGUUAAGACGCACUACAAGUCACCACGUGUUGUCCUGGCAGCAGCUGGGGGUGUCAACCAUAGUGAACUAGUAAAGGCUGCUGAAAAGCACUUUGUUGGUCUGAAAACAACAUAUGAAGGAGAGAUCCCCAUUCUUCAGCCUUGCAGAUUUACAGGAUCUGAAAUUCGAGUGCGGGAUGAUUCAAUGCCACUUGCACACAUUGCGAUCGCUGUUGAAGCAUGUGGUUGGCCUGAUUCUGACAAUAUCCCAUUGAUGGUGGCCAACACAAUUAUUGGUGCUUGGGAUCGAUCACAGGGUGGUGGAACAAACAAUGCAUCUCGUCUAGCCACUGCAGCUACUGAGAGCAACCUUGCACACAGCUUUCAGUCUUUCAACACGUGCUACACAGACACGGGUCUUUGGGGAAUAUACUUUGUGUGUGAUCCCUUGAAGUGUGAGGAUAUGCUUUACAAUGUUCAGUCUGAGUGGAUGAGGUUGUGUACAAGCGUAACUGAGAGUGAGGUAGAAAGAGCCCGGAAUCUGUUGAAGACCAGUAUGUUGCUCCAACUAGAUGGUACAACCCCUAUUUGUGAGGACAUCGGUCGACAGAUGCUGUGUUACAAUCGUCGCAUUCCCCUUCAUGAAUUAGAAUCUAGAAUUGAGAAGGUAACAGCUAAAGAUGUGCAAGAAGUUGCGAUGAAGUACAUCUAUGACCGAUGCCCUGCUGUGGCAGCCGUUGGUCCAGUUGAGAACCUGCCUGACUACAAUCGCAUCAGAUCAUCCAUGUAUUGGCUAAGGCUGUAAACAGAGUAUAAGCUGAAUAAAUUAGUGGAAUCGUUCUAAACGUCAUCAUGGUGUCAUAAAUCGUGAGUCCAUCGCAGAAAAUCUGAAGUCCUGUUCAUCAGUUUAUUUAGCAAGACUUUCAGGAAAUAACUCUUCGCAUUUUUACAUUGUAAGAAAACUGUAUUUACUGAAAGCUUAUAGUUAAGGAAUAUUGUAAAUAGUAGCACACUAAAUAUUCUCAUUUCAUUCAUGUGUAUUUGUUUCACAUUUUAUACCACUGACAUGUCUUGUUGGAAGAAGAUAUGAGAUGAGAAGGGUUUGGAAGGAAGUGUUCAUUGUUUAUUUAUGGCACUGAGUAAAGUCACUUUUCUCUCGUCAA